AAUCUUGAACUCCCAAGUUUUCUAGAGAUUGAAAAGGAAGUAACAAAAGACCCUGAUUUUUCCAUGUACCACUUGUCCCUCAAGCAAUAAAGCAGAUAUCAUAUGAGUGUGGAAAGUGAAAAAGUUAAUGUAUGCAGUUCCUGGAAGCGACAAAGAUCCUGUUGCUGCCUAUGAAUUUUAUGCUGAAAAAAGGCCGGUUGAGAUGAAUGAAGACGACGCGCCGUUUUAUCUAGCGAUAAACAACUGCUCCAAACAAGGUACAGGAAAACCGUGGUUCAAGAAAAAUGCAGUCGGGGUAAAUAAGUUGAAUGGACUAAUGAAGACAAUGGCAGAAAAAGCUGGUAUUUCGACUACUCAACUAAAUUUGGCAAACCACAGUGGACGAAAGACUAUGAUGCAAACUUUGACGAAGAAAAACAUUCCGCCGACAGACAUCAUUCAACUUUCAGGCCACAAAAAUUUACAAAGCGUAAAUAAUUACGCUAUUAUGUCUGAAAAACAGCAAAUUGAAAUGUCUCGUACACUUUGUGGCCUCACUACAAGAACAGUAAGUAAAGAAAGUAGUUCAUGUAAUGUCGUAGACAAUCAACAAAACAAUAGUUUGACAACGUUUAAUUCUGCCACAAGCUCUGUUGACAGUAGACAUGGCCAACAAGCAUUGUCGCUGUUUUCUGGUGCCGUUAUUCAUGGCGGUCAGUUUAGCAUUAAGAUUAACAGUCUUAAUCAGUCGCCAACAUUAUCUCAAGCGGUUGAAAGUCUCACGGCACUGAAAAGAUACAAAAGAAUAAAAGUGCUGAGUGAUUCUGACUCGGACUAGUUAGGACUCUUACGUGUGUACUACUCGUUUUCAGUGCUUUUGCAAGUCUAGUUAUCCCAUAUUUUAGCAUGAUUGACUUAUAGCUAGUUUAUUUUUCGUGUAUUAGUCAUUAGGUUAUUUUUUGAUUGGUUUUCACUUUAAUAUUGAACAAGUACAUAAAUCUGAUCUAAGUAUACUUAUGUUUACAAGUUUAUCACACUAUUAGAGAGACAUUUCUAUUUCAGUUAACCAAUUGUUUGAGGUUCAAUAAAUUUUUCUCUCAACUCCAAGUUCAAAAAAUCUUUACUUGUAAUAUCUCAGUACUUAUAAAAUAAAUAAAUCACAUCAUGGUUAGUUCGCUUGUACGGAUUUUAUUCACUCGUUUUUAUUCACUCGCUCGAAGACUCGCUCGUUCGUUUGAUUCUUCACAACUCGUGAAUAAAAACCGUACGCGCUCACUAACCAUGAAGUAAUCUCUAUGUAAACAACUAUAGUUUAUAUACUUAUUUCAAUAAAGUUAGUCACCUGAAAAGCAAUAAAGCUGAGGCCGACAAGGAUUAUGGGUAGAUUCGUUUUACAUGCUUCAACUGCUUGUUAACUGUUGAUGGACUUGCACAUCUUUUACCAGUUGUAGUCUCGCCACUCCUGAGCAUCCUCACUAUCCUCGAGCUGCAGUUUGUAUCAUAAAGCUUUACAUGUUUGAAAUAAAUUGUUUCCCAUGAUCCUCAGUGAUCUCAGCUUUCCAGGUUUUUGGAGACUAACUUUAUUGAAAUAAGUAUAUAAUACAUAAGAUCAGCAUCAGAUACCAUAAGGAAAUUAGUAUAGGUAAUAAGAUGGUUUCGAUUCAUGAUAAUUUUUCUUAWCAACCAUAGGUUUAAUACAUAUGUUCCGAGCUUUCGGCCUACUCGGCCAUCCUCAGGUCAAGUACGCAGUACGUCAGUGCAAGACCUCUACGUACCAGAAGUCCUAUCUCAUCAGGACAAAUAGAAUAUGGAACGCUCUCGCUGAUGAACUAAACCUGAAUAUGGACAAACUCAAUUCAUUUAAACGCGCCAUGUUAAGUUACUACGUAACGUCACUGGACAGUUACAACUGUUACGACCCACGUACUUUCAAAACAGUUUGUUUAAAAU